AUGGUGUCUGCUUUUCGGGGUGUAGGACCUCUUCGAGGUUCUUUCAUAAUUUGUGUUACACUCUUAAAUCGAACUUUGCCUUCACGGGGAAUCGAGGCCGGAAAUAUAGGCCCACUUGCAUCUCCCGUCGACAGGCUUGAGGAGAUGGUACUGGGUUCCCCGAUACCAGGCAGCUCUACAACCCUUUUGAGUGAUACACUCACCCCUGUUGAUGUUGAGCCUGUGGAUAUGUCGGAGUUGAGUCCCAUAGAUCGUUUCGUUCAAAUAGUGCAGGCGGCAACCACGGACGCGGAUGAAGACGUGCAGGUGGAAGGCAUGCUGCACCCCGUACACCAACCGAGGCACCGGAAGCCCGGAUCUCGGAAGGGUCUUUUUGGAACUGCAGCGUUUGGUCUGUUUCCUUCUGUAGCGCUCAUUUCCCAAGUUCUUGUGGGUGCUCGCCUGAAGGCUGACGUCCUUGGGGACGGAUUGCAUGAAUCAGGUGAUGGUAGGCUUUUUGCAAGCUGCGUAGAGUGUGCCUUACCAGACUCUGACACGGGUUUUAGUGGGGUUGUGGUCAUGGAAUGCAGAAGUGUUGUGAGGGCGCUUGCGAGCAUUCAGUUGGGUUGCUACUGCCGAAUAUUCUGUACAUGCUUAGCUUUUGUUCUACAUUUUGGUGGCGGAAAUUGUUUCUGUCCCUUGGUUUCCUCUUCAGUCGUGGACGCUCCGCGUGUCUCGACGCGUUGUGGUUCAUUUGAAGAACCUCCUACGGGCCGCAGUGAACGCAUGAAGGCCGCAUUAACGUCGAAGACAGCCAUGGGCAUUACAGCAGCGCUGGCAGCUUUUGGAGCCUUGUAUUUUCUAAGAAAUCUCUAUGCCAGGAGGAAAAAGAAGCUUGGAGUGGGUAUGUUGGUGCCAUCGACCGCGAAGUGGGAUCUUAAGCACUGCCUCCUUAUUUUGGAUGUUGCUGGAGCACAGGCAGCGGGGCACCUCGGUGGAAGGUAUGUUACAGGGUCGGUAGAGGUUGAAGUUCACACCAGCACGCAACAUGGCAUCCUCACUUACCGCCUCAUCCCCUCCUUGGGUCAAUCUCUCUGGAAGUUCUUUUUGCGCAAGCAAGAAGUGGUGCACGAGCAUUUUUAUCUUCCCACGGAUUACUGCUACAUUAGUUCUGCAAGCGCUGCAACCGAGAAGCGUACCACGAGCGCUGGUGGGGGUCGAGCGACUACACCAGCCCCUCAGCCAGCGAGUUACAUACGAGAGUUUUUUCAGAGCAAGUCUUGGAAUAGACACUCCGUCACAGGCAUCGUGCUGCAGGCAGAGAAGACUCCCGGGUUGCAGCUCAUUCCACAGGCCGAAGGGCACCCACCUUUGCCUCCGAGGGAGUUACUGGACUCUAUUCAGCUUAAAUUACAGACAACGGAUGUCGAGCUGGAGUCAGCAGCUGUAGAUUUAAAAAGCCAUAGCAGCGUAGACGACGCUGCAAGCGGCGGAACUGACAAACUCGAGAGCAGAGACUCAAUGAAGGGGCUUCAGGAACUGCUGCUCGGGGGGGGCGGUGAAUGCGGUGAUUCAGUGCUUUGCGUGGAUAGCAUGCAUAUAUCCUCCGACGAGAACCUUUGCACUGUGCAUAUGGCAGUGCAAGACACGCGCCCCCUCUCGGUCUAUGCGGAUGUGGCCUCUCAGACAAUCGUCCUUAUGGUGAAACGAGGCGGUAACAACAAUGCCGCCCUUCAGCCUCGCGCAUCUGAAAACGAGACUGUCGAGUACAGAAUCCCCCUCCCGAUAUAUUGCGUCUUGGCAAGCGUCACUGACGCAAAGUACUCUGUCUCACCGUUCUCCGUGAAUCUCGACGGGAGCCAGUUCGAAACUGCAGAGGGCUCUACAGGUGCAGAGGAGAUGAUGGUUGCAACAGAGGAACAGGUUUCCGGGGCUGAUAGCGGUAUCAUGAGCAGAACAUCCGAUCUAGAUUUGGCGUCGAACAAGGAUCUCGCUGAUGAAAAGACGGAGGAGAAAUCUGAGGAGGAGUCUUCCACUCUCGCCGAGGCCACAGCGACGGAGGAGGGAAGAGCGACAGAAGGCACGGGGGAGACUGGAGCAAGAGAGGGUGCUCUCCAUGAUACAGUUGAAGAAAGUCAGAAUUCCAAGGAGGCGGGGAUGGUGCAAUAUCAGCAUGCGCGCAUACAGUUCAAGCCCUUGCCAAAGGAGGCCAUAAGGGUCUCCUUGCAGAUGCUUCCACAGAAACAACUUUCCAGCUGA